AUGCAAAGCAUAUCAGAGUCGGUGUUUGUGGGACUGUGUUGUUAUAACGUGGGGACCUCACAACAGACAGCCAUGAGGAGAGAUGUGGUGGACAUCUGGGAGAAAGUGGAAAAUCAAGUAUCAACAAGUGAUGAGGAUAGUAUGAUGUUAAGUGGAAGUUACGGAGAAGGGUUCCGAUUGAUAGAAUCUGAUGUAGACUUCAUGUACUGGCCAAAUAAUCACCGCGUGAUCUGGGAAUUAUCUCAGUCUCAGUAUUACAACACACAGAGACAAACACUGAUCCUCUGUGACUGUUCUGAUAGUCCAACAGGAUUUACUUUGUUAUAUUUACUGUCAACAAGCAUGAACAGAGACGUCCAGAGAGCCUGUGUUAGAAUGAAUAACAGGUAUUAUGUUUCUAGUUCUUACUACAGACAGACCAAGUGUUCUGAAUUAACUAACACCACUCAACAUGGACCUUGUGCUAAUAGCACAAUUGGAACACAAGAAUUUGAUAAUGCCCACUGUUUUGUUUGUGACUUUUGGCCUCCACCUGCCUUUUCAUGGAUACACAGAUGUCACUCAUGGCCCCAGCCUCAUGUUGUUGAUGACAUAGUGAAAAAUGGAUGUCACUUUGUAGCAAUUGGAAAUAAGCUAGGAAAUCAUGAAGAUCAUGAAUGGAGAAUUUCUUUUUCUCUGGCUGAACAAAAACUUGUGCAUAUAAUGAAUCACUGUCAAUUCUUAACUUACGGCUUACUUAAAUUGUUCUUAAAAGAAAUAAUUAACAAUGGAAUAGGUGAAAAUGAUAAAUUACUGUGUUCCUAUCACAUGAAGACGGCAGUUUUCUGGGUGAUUCAACAAAAUACAGUGCCUCACUGGUGUCCACAAAAUCUCUUGGGGGGUUUCUGGGUCUGUUUUAAACUCAUCUUCAAAUGGGUGUAUGAGGGGGUCUGUCCUAACUUUUUCAUUCCAAGCAACAACAUGUUUCUGGGUAAAAUUCAUGGCGUCAAACGACAUCAAUUAUUUAUAAGACUGUCUGAGUUGUAUGAGAAGGGUUUAGCAUUCCUGCUACAUAGUCCCUCCAUUAGGUCUUUUAUAGAUGUCCUACAUAACCCCAGAAACUCCAUCUGUACAGAUGAUCAUACUCUGAUUUCUGAGGCUGAGUUUGAUAGAUAUCUAUUUGGUGAAACACUACGUGAUGGAACAAUAGAGAAAAAAUCGGACAUACAAAGAUACAUUAGAUAUCUACAUACAAUAGAACAAAUAAUAGGUUCACCCCUCUUGACACAAUAUCAAGUCAUUACGUUACAGAACAUUUCCGCUAGGGUCCUUCAGUACACUGCUUUUAUAUUACACAUGGAAACGUACACAUUUGACAACAAACUGAGUUAUAGAGCUGACAAAAUGUCCUGUCACAUGCUGAAAUUAGCAGCCAAGUUUGGUUGUAUCACAGACAUGCUGUACAUAGCCAUGUAUUACUACAAGACACUUAGAUACAUGGAAGCUUUAUCUAUAUUAGAGAUGAUCAAGGUCAAGUUAGCACAGCCUCAUCUUAUAUAUGUAUUUAGGGAAAAUGUAGAUAAAGAGAGGUAUUCUGAGGCUGUAGGGGGACAGUCCUUGUCUACAAAGAUGAGACAAGCUGUAGCAGGGAAUGUCAGACUUGACAAUCAAAUCCAUUACAUCAGUGAACUGAUACCUGAACAACAGUCUUGUCUACAGAAAUAUGAUCCUGGAUUAUAUGUCCCACCCUUUAUAAUGCUAUAUAUGUUAGAGAUUUUGUGCUACAGACAUGUAGACACAAUGAGAGUACAGACAGUUCUAGAUGAUCUACAAACCCUAGUUUACUAUGAUCUGGGACAGCUUAUACCUGAAUAUCACAGACAUAUAUCUUGGCAAAUUCUGGGGAUCUGUCAACAGAUGACAGGGAACCUUCAGGCUGCUCUAUACUCAUACCAACAAUCUCUCAGACAAAAACCGUACAACAACAUACAAACAGCUACAGAAAUGAGAAUACAGGGACUUUGUUGA